ACGGAUGAAAUUGUGCAGCACAUGGUGGCCAUGACUAAUCUGCACGGGAGACGCGCAGUCGCCGGCUGGCGAGACAUGGACUGUGAUGAAUUGCGUGCUUAUGUUGGGCUGCUCAUCUUGGCCGGUGUUUACCGGUCAAGACACGAAUCGUUUCUCAGCCUCUGGGGUGAUAAAUCCGGACGGGAUAUUUUCCGAGCCACCAUGUCCCACAAGCGUUUCCAUGAAAUCGGCGGGGCGCUUCGUUUUGACGAUAAGCUUUCCCGACGCCGUCAGGACAAGCUGGCUGCCUUCCGCAAGGUGGGGGAUUUGUGGACGCAUCGUCUGGAGCUGCUCUUCAACCCAGGCAGACAUUUGUGUUGACGAACAGCUCGUCCCGUUCCGAGGAAGGUGCGAUUUCAAACAAUAUAUACCAACGAAGCCAGCAAAGUACGGUCUAAAAAUAUGGGCUGUAUGCGACGUGGAAACUUCCUACGCCUGGAGACUCCAGGUAUACACCGGCAAAGCUGGCGAUCGCGCGGAGGUCAACCAGGGGAUGCGGGUGGCCCUGGAGCUAACACAGGGGCUCCAGGGAAACGUGGUGACAUGUGACAAUUUUUUCACGUCCUUUGCCCUGGCAGAAGAGCUGCUGAGGAGGAAACUGGCCCUAGUUGGCACGAUUAGGAAAAAUAAGCCCGAGCUUCCGCCUCGAUUGCUCCAGACAAGAGGGAGAGCGGUCUUUUCGUCUGCCUUCGCCUUCACGCUCACCCACACUCUCGUCUCUUAUGUCCCCCGACGUGGCAAAAAUGUGCUCUUGAUGAGCACAAAACACCGCACUCCGGAUGUGAGCGAGGAAGGGAAGCGAAAGCCAGUAAUCAUACAAGAUUACAAUCGGUGCAAAGGUGGUGUCGACAACCUUGACAAGGUUGUUGGCACCUAUUCCUAUAGGAGGAAAACAAAUCGCUGGCCAGUGGCACUCUUCCACAACCUGCUGGACGUGUCACUGUACAACUCCUACGUGCUGUGGACAGCUAUCGACCCAUCCUGGAAACAGCAGAAAGAUUACAAACGGAGGCUGUAUGUUGAAGAAGUGGGUGAAGCUUUAGUAAACCCACACAUACUGAAGCGAGGACGCCUUCCCCGCUCAUCAGGUGCUGCAGACAUCGUGACGAGUGCGCAAAGUGGGCAGAGUGCUGCUGCAGGCCCCGCCCUGAUCCCUAAAUCCAAGGGCAGGAGACCGUGUGACUUCUGCGAUGAGAAAAGGAGACGCGUCGUCGGCACCUGCUGCAAAUGCGGGAAGUCCACAUGUAAGGACCACAUUCUGUUCAUUUGCAGCCUCUGCGUCAACUGAGGACUCUGACACACCUCCACAUACACACCACACCUCCACACACCUCCACAUAUGCUCUUCCCCUCUCCCUCGCUCUUUCUUACUAAU